AUGUCGGACAUCGAAAUGAAUGCACUCAAUGAGAUAAAAAGCUAUUCGGAAGCGACUGUGGGUACAAUGAGCGGCCACAAUGAGCCCCGUAAGGCCAUAAAUGCUAUCAACUGGAGUUUUGGAGUGAAAAUCUAUCAUACCGCGAUUCCCUGCUUCCUGGCUUUUUUGAUAACAUUUUCUUCCUCCGUUACGGUCCCUGCCACCUCUGCGCUCAUGGCUGAGUUCGAUGUUAGCCAAACCGUAGCCAUCCUCUCGGGAACUCUGUAUAUGUUAGGGCUAGCCUUUGGCCCUAUGAUCAUGGCACCAUUGUCGGAAUUCAUUGGUCGCCGCUGGCUGUACAUGGUAACCUCAUCAAGUAUAAUUGCUUUCGCAGGGGGUGCUGGAGCUGCACAAAACUUCGCCACACAUUUGAUCUGCCGCUUCUUCUGUGGAUUCCUAGGAUCAGCUGGGAUUGCAAUUGGUGCAGGAACAAUUCUUGAUGUUUGGGGAGUGGCACAAGCUGGAAAACUGGCAAGGCUUCUCUUCAUUUGCGGUCCUUUUCUAGGACCUUCGCUAGGCCCGUUGGUAGGGGCAUAUAUUAUGCACGAAUAUCAUGGCGAUUGGCGAUGGACACAGUGGGUGGUGGCCCUGAUAGGAGCACCUACCUGGAUCAUGAUAGUAUUCAUGAAAGAAACCUCUGACACUCUGAUCGAACAUGACGCAAAAUAUUCCGGUCGCUUGGGCACUGUGAAGUUGGCCAUUUCAACCCUCAACGCUGCAGUCACACGUUCAAUUACAAUACUCUGCACUGAAGCGAUUGCUUUGUCCAUUACUCUGUACACGGGAUACGCAUACGCAGUGGUCUUCAGUUACUUUUCAAGUGCUACUUAUGUCUAUCAACUAGACUACAAUUUCACCGAUCGAGAGGUUGGCCUUGCUUUUAUCAGCGUGAUUAUUGGGUAUUUCCUGGCCGUUGUCAUGUACAUGGUGAUUGAAGGGACACUCUACGCUCGCGCUGUGCGGAACGCACCCAAUGGCCGCCCAGCUCCAGAACACCGACUGUACGCUGGUAUGGCUGGAAGCAUAUUCGUGCCCAUUGGCCUGUUUUGGUACGCAUGGGCCGCUCAUCCAGGAGGCCACUGGGCAGCCGCUGUAGCUAGCGGUAUUCCAUUCGGUCUUGGGGCUUUCGUCCUUUUCUUAUCCUCAAUCAUUUACCUUGUCGAGGCAUAUGGAGCAGCAGCAGCAGCAUCUGCUCUCGCUGCAAACGGAUCCUUUCGAUACCUUCUCGGAGCAGUGUUUCCGUUGUUCACCAUUCAGAUGUAUGAGAAACUUGGUGUGCACUGGGCUGGAAGCGUGUUUGCGUUUCUGUCCCUGGCGCUUCUUCCUAUCCCAUGGCUUCUCUUCAAGUACGGUCACCAGCUGCGUAAGAAUAGCCGAUUCAUACCUUCUGAUUCCGUAUAA